CCUGUCGGGCGGUGCCGUCGGCGGUAUGUCGCUCACUCUCUCUGUCGCUCUCUCUCUGGCCGGUGAAGUACAUGAAGUAAUGUGUAACAAGUUUGGAGCCAAACUGCUCAGCUGUUUAAACCAGAGGAGCAAGUUCAACACUUACUUUUAACCAGCUUUUUUUUGUUUUACCUCAAGAUGUUUAGAAUAGGAACUGAGCCGUGGCACUUGGGGGAUUUUUAAAGUUUUAGUUGUGUUUGCUUUUGUGCUCGAGACAUGGCUCUGUCUCAGUUACAGUGCCUGGACGAUAAUCACGUGAACCUGCGGACGACCGAGUCUAAACCGGAGUUUUUGUACAGCGAAGACCAGCGGCUCGCGCUCGAGGCUUUCCUGCGGGAUGGUCGCGAUGCGUUUGUUAAGUACCUGGGGGCUCGUGAGCUGCGCGGCUUCUUAUCAGACCUGGAGUUGGAAGCUUUCGCCGAGACGCUGGAACCCUAUGACCCGGGCACGGAAAUCUUCCCGGAGGAUGCCGAAGACGACGAGACCCCGCUGUCACUGCACUACUGGCCCGAGUUGUCGGACAGGUCCAUCCCGCAGAUGGACCUGGGCUGGCCGGACUGCGCUUCUUACCGGGGGGUCACGCGCACUACAGUGUACACGCAGCCACCCCUGGAGAUUAAUCAGGCGCACAUCAAAGAGGUUGUCAGAAAAAUGAUUGCGCAGGCGCAAAAGGUAAUAGCAGUGGUGAUGGAUGUGUUCACUGAUGUUGACAUCUUCAGGGAUUUGCUUGAUGCUGGAUUCAAGAGGAAGGUUUCGGUCUACAUCCUGUUGGAACGCUCAACACUACCUCAUUUCCGGUCCAUGUGUCAGAGGGCCCACAUGCAUGCCGGACACCUAAAGCACCUUCGUGUACGCUGCACAGAUGGAGAGGAGUUCCACACUCGGUCCUGCACCAAGGUCAGAGGGCGAAUGGGACACAGAUUCAUGUUUAUCGAUGGAGACAAAGCCUUUUCUGGGUCGUACAGUUUCACUUGGACAUCAUCGCGGCUGGACAACAAUCUCAUCACUGUGAUUACAGGCCAGGCAGUGGAGGCCUUCGACAAGCUGUUUCGAGUCCUCUACGCGACCUCCAGCUCGGUUGACCUCCGGCAGGCCACCACAGAGCCUGAACCUGAACAGGAGCCCAUCCGACAGCCGGCUGCAGUCGCCCCUCUUUCUGCUGAUAUGGCUAGGAAACUGUACAGCCCCAAAUAUGCCCUUGCUGCUUUAGGCAACCCCAGCACCGCCCCUUCUGCUGGCCUCAAGGAGACCCAAAAUACAGAUGACUCCAAGAACCCAGGAACUAAGAAGCGGAGGGGGAGGAGGGCUAGUCAGGAAGCCAUACAGGAGGCUCCUCCCCUCCACCCCGGACUCAUCGAUCUAGAGAAAGCAUGCAUGAUGUCAUACCUGCCCACCUGGCCAGAGCCUGACCCCGCCAGUGACGUAAUUGGGUUCAUUAACAUUCGUGAUACCAGAAAACCAAAUCAGUCCCAUCUACAGAGAUCUGAGAUGUAUGAAAGCAGCCAAGCGAUCAGGUUUAGCAGUCUAUUCAGCAAGCCACAGGAAACCCUGCUAGAUGUCGCCAAGCCCAGAGACUUUACUGCUCAACAUAAGGAGAUGAAUCGAAUCCAACCAGCACGAGAUAAAACCAAGGCCGAAGAGUCGGUGGUAGGCAGAGCUCAGUCGACACAACUCCAAACAGGGCCUGGGGACACUACUAAGAUUCUCAACACUGGGACAAAACAGCAUUCGAAUAUACCGACGAAGCAAGAUGCAAACCAGAACAGCACACCACACCUCAAUUCACACAAACCUGUCCAAUCCAGCAGCGAAGCAUCCACUCCUGAAACUGGGAGGCCUUCACACAGCUCACAAACUGUCACCACCCUCCCUGGAACAAACACUAAAAAAGAGGCAGAAACUAAUUCAGACACACAACAUGCUGCUUUGUACAGGACGCACGCCCUGGAGUUGUGCAGUAGACAAGCCUCACACCUGCGUAGUCCCGCUGACACAAACUCAAACACAGAACCGUACACGCCAACAAAGACGAAACUGCCACAAACAGAUUCCCACACGCAGCCACAGAAUGUUUUUUCUACACCUCCUCUUACCUCUUCUUCUACAACUCUCAAUCCUCCCCUUCCUUCUUCCUCAGCAUCCCCAUCUUUUACCUCAACCCCUCCCAUACCUAAACCUCGUACUGUCCAGCUGUUUUUUAAGGGUGAUGUCACCGACAAUGGGCAGAACCUGCCGGAGUUCAGGGUUGUCCCGAUGGCUGAGACAAGCAAGGGGUCACUAGUAGUCCGCAAUGAGCCUGCUGUAGAAACCGGGGUGCAGACAUUGCCAGAAAAAGUGUCCAAGACUGUCCCAGAACUGCAGAACAACCGUGAAAGCAAGACAGGGACACAGUUAAAUGCAAAGGAGACAUUAAAUAUUGGAGAAUCUCCUAAGAAAAAAAAGAGUGGGACUUCCCAAGAAACAAAGAAUGGGGAAGCAGUUGGAAGACAUGAGAAAGCAGGAAUGCAAUUGGAAACGGGAAACAAAGCAAAGUCAGAUGUUGUGAUUGCUGAUGCGCCAAAGGCCGAGAAUGUGACUAUUCAAGAAAUAAUUCCAAAAGUUGUCGAGCCCAAGGCUUUGAUGUCAAUAGACGGUGUAGCCACAGUACAGGCGGAUAUAAAGGCCCCGAAAAGAGUUCCAACAGGCUGUGAGGUUUCUGAAUUGCCAAAUGAAAAAAGUGAGAAUGUGACAGAACACAAAAGAUACCUUGCAAGAGCACAUGUACCUCAGAGAAUAUCAUACAGUGAGUUACCGCCACAAGAUAACAAUGCAUUAGAGUCUGUGGACUCGUUAAAAGCGCCUACACACACUCCUGUGUCUGCCACACACAUAUCCAAAGACAGUGCUAGUGAUAGCACACACACAGACAUACUCAGUCAUGGUUAUCCACCUGCACUCCGCACAGACAGUUUGCCAAAUACUUCGAAACAUAACACACACAACACCAUUCAAGAACCAAUUUCUAAAGCACGGGGAAGCACACACACACCUGAAAGACCCCUGCACUUACAUCUCUCCGAAAUAAACACACCAGACUUUCGUUCGCGGACGCCUGAGAGAGAACCGCGGUCACUCACAGCUCUCGUACGCACUCCAACUCCAGACAUAUUUCUUCCACGCACGCCCACCUCAGACUCACGCACGCCCACCUCAGACUCACGCACGCCCACCCCAGACUCACGAACGCACACGCCAGACGGGUAUGUCACACCAAGAGCGGACUCCGCUCUCUCCACCGCGUCAGAGGAGUAUUACGAAUGUAGCGGCUCUCCUCUCCACGACCCAGUUUUUGAGCGAGUGGUUCUCCGCAAACACGGGACGACAGAGGAUCAUGUUAGCUUUGCACACACAAAUACUCCUCAUGCCACCAGUCCUGCAUACAUCAAUUCUAACACUUGUGCUGCUACAUUAGGCAUUACAUACAGGAAUACCUCUAGCAGUGAAACACAGACUCUGUCUGAGCCUGCUAGAGUCUCCUCUUCGUCUGAAAAAUGGGGGGAAAUGAGGGAGGAAAAGGCAAAUGACGAAAAUGGGAGAGAAGAGGAUGAAAAGGGGAGGACAGAGGAUGAUUACCAAGGGACAGAGAGAAGAGCCAGCGAGGAAGCUAAGAGAACAGCAAACCAUUUUAAACACGGUAAAGAUUUGACAGAGACAAAAGACAAAAACAAGGAGGCCCAAGCCCCGAAGAGAAAGAAGCUGCUAAUCCAAUUUGCAGCAGAGAGACAGGACGAUGGAGGAGGGACUCCAGGAGAAUCAACCAAUGAGCCAAAGCGAUCGCCCACAGGUGACCUUCAACCAACGAAGGAGAGGAGAGACAGGCCGCAGUCGACUGACGGACAGAAGCUUUUGCAUUCUCCUCUCAAAACUGUGCGAGGACAGAAGCAAGAGAGUGGAGGAUCCUUCUCCUUCCGACCUCCCAGACCCACUCGACCCCUCUCACCCAACUGGGCUUUGGGACCUCGUCCCAGGGGAGACCGUCAGCUGAACCAGGCAGAAAGCAAGAUGCUCUUGAAUAAUACCUUGUCGCCGUUCAGACCUCCUCCUCCAGUGAAUGCCAGGCAGAGGCAGGCCGAAAUCUCCCACAGCCAGCAGGGCAGAACGAGCGUUGGACAGUCGCAGGAUCAACAUCCAAAACCCCAGUCCUCCUCUCUUUUCACGCACUUCGAACAGAGAGGCGCAGCUCCAUACUCACUUCCAGGACGAGACGGUAUCACCGCGGGAAGCGCAGUGGCAGGAAGAAGGAAGGUCUCCAUUCAGCUUCAGUUUCAGCAGACUGUACAACCUUAAGGGCCUGAAGGACAAGAUGAGCAAGCUGCCAGCGCAGAGCAAGAGAGGCAGCGCCAGCUCCCCGGGACAGGGACCCAAGAGCACCAGCUAGUCUGCAACUGUCAAUCAUACUGGGAUUAGUUUUUGUGAUGUUCUGCUUUCACCGCAAAGACUUGGCUCUGUGCCACCUUUUUCUACCUAGGGUUACUUCUUGUUGACGCUUUUAGGGAAUGUCUGAACUUUCAACUUUGACCCAUGACUUGUGGUAUUGGCCUGCUGCUGUCUCGUCAAAUGGAAGAUGCCCUUUAAGGCCUCAGAUAUCGAACUAUGGAGUUGUUUGUAAACUAUUUUCACGUUAAAUUUUGGAUAUUAAAUUGUGUUUGUAUGACCAAAGAGAAUGAACAUAUGUAAAGCAUCAGGUACUUCCCUUUUAGAUAGCACUGCAGCUUUGACCUCGAUCAACUGCACUUGCCCUGUGGAUCGAGCAAAAACAAGAGCAGUUGCUUCCUGAAUUCUCUGUGAUACAUUUUUUUGUGAAAUAUUAUAAAACUGCCACUUCCUCUUUUUUCCUGUCUUGUUUUGUCAUUUCAUUUAGAAUGAUUUCAAAUGUGGUAGAUGGUGUCUCGGGAUGGUGACGUGUUUUUGCGCUUCCAAUAUGCAGUAUGAGCGACUGAGAGAAAUGUCAUAAUGCACAUUAAUAGAGUUUGAAAUACUGUCACAUGUUUAAUGAAAAGCGAACAUACUGUAUUUACUGAUGUACUGUAUUUUGUGUGAUACUGAACAAUGCUGGAAACCACUAAAUGUCAAUGAGAGAUUUACUACACUCUACCACCACUUCACAUUCUGUGAGCAGAUCAUAAGUUAAUGUUCAAAGUGCUAACCUCAUGACUGGCUGAAUUAUGUUUAAAUGAGCUGAGUGGGAGCAUUUGUCCCACCUUUUGUAUUAUAACAAGCUAAGUCUUUCCUCUUCUGUGGAUUUAAGCGUUUGCGAUACAAAUUUGAAUGCUAAAGCUGUUGUGUUGAAUUGUUUUUUGAUGUGUCAGACCCUAAUUUUCCCUUGUGUGCUUUACAUCUAAACACUAAAGGUGCCAGGUAAUUGACUUAUUCGUUGUUUAAACCCAAUCCAAUACAUUUACAUUCAAAAUGCUUUCUGCCUGCAAGACAAAGUCACAGCAAUUGUUCCCAAACAAAACACAAGUUAUCUGCAGAGACAAUAAACAGCCCACAGGACAGACUCGUUACUCAGAAGACAGAUACAGACGUCCUGCAGAUUAUAACAACACUGUACAAGAUGGUGCCCUUGAGUUUCUCUGAAGGAAAUGUGCAGAGGUACUGUUUGUGUGACAAAUAAACUCAUCAACGACAUUAAUAA